AUGCCUCCAAAUCACCGCGAUUACACCGUGGGCUGCAUCUGCCCUAUGGGGGUGGAGCUGGCUCCUGUAAAGGCGAUGCUAGACCACAUACACCCACCCCUGCCGACCCAGCGUGACCAGAACAGCUAUAUCUUGGGGAACUUGUGCGGUCACAACGUCGCGAUUGCGGUUCUGCCAGAGAUCGGGAACCAUGCAGCAGCAACAUCGGCAGUCCAGCUGUUGAACGACUUUCCGUCCAUUCGGUUUGGGUUGCUGGUGGGCAUUGGAGGCGGUGUGCCGGGCGGAGAAGAUGACGAACAAGGUAUCCGUUUGGGAGAUGUGGUAGUCAGUAAACCGACAGCGACUCUCGGUGGGGUCGUUCAGUACGACCUGGGCAAAUACUCGACGGCGGGAGGGUUUGAACGAACCGGAAUGUUGAACAAACCUCCUGCACUCUUACGUGCCACGAUACCUGCACGAGAUGCUUCGUGGGUUUCCCGGCCAUGGAAGAAAAAUACUCUCAUCCCGGAAUACAGCACGAUCAGCUGUUCCGAGUGGACUAUCCUCACUCUGGUGGUGCAGAUUGCUGGAAUUGCGAUGUGCAAAGGACCAUUGAUAGAGAUGCCUAACAAGAGGUGGCAGCCAUACGCGGCGGCGGCGGCAGCGGCGUAUGUGAAGGAAUUAUGCCGAGUGAGUACGCCAGUCAUCACCAUCUUCUAUCAGUUCAAGCGAGAGAUGGAGCGUACUUAUGACCUUGGGAUCAAUUCGUUUGACGCUCCAGACAUGGCCGACGAGGUCUUCGUUGGCAGGGCCCCGGAAAUCAAAGAAAUGGAGAAUGUUCUUCUGUCUGCUUCGGACUCUGGCCUGCGUAGAGUCCUAGUUCUAGGCGGAAUGGGUGGGAUUGGCAAAACACAGUUGUCCAUCACCUACGCCAAGCGACAUCGCAAAGCAUAUUCGUCCGUCUUCUAG